AUGGACGCCGACGAGAGAUUGACGGCUCUGAAGAAGGCAUACGCCGAUAUAAUUUUGAACACAGCGAAGGAGGCCGCAGCUAGGAUUAUGUCUUCUGAGAAAAAGGCAGCACAUUAUCAGUACGAGCUGCAGGCGACAAAGGAGGAGGCGCUGCGGAUGCUAUUGCACGUUAAACAACUGAAGGAUUCUAAGGUAAACUUGGCCCAGCGCUUUUGUUCUCUAAGUUCCCUUAUAGAUAAUGAAGUGACAGAAUCUAAGAAAUCUAAUAAAGUGAAAGAUGAUAUAGUUCACAAAGAGUAUGAAGAAGCUAAAGAUAUCUGUACAGGACCUGCUCACGGGGCUGAAAUCACAAGUUGUCUUGAGAAGGAACUUUUGGCGGAUAUCAAGCUUUGGAGCUUCAAAUCUUCCCUUCGGAAAAAGAAAAGGGCUGUUAGACGUAGAAAAGGUACAACGCCCUCGUGCACAAAUCAUCCCAGUCUUCUUGGGAAAUCUGAUCAAGCACCUGAACUUUGUGUGAGAACUGAUCAAAAUUCAGCCAAAUACAAUGCUCGUUGUAGUGGGAAUCCUCUCCAGAUAAUUCCAACACUAUCGCCUGAAAGAAAACUAGAUCUUGCAGAAUCGGAUGGUGCUCAUAACACAACUUACAAAGAUGAAGAGUUGAUGGAAAACAUAAUGCCGAUCAGACAAGAAACUGGAACCACAGAGAGUUUACUGUUUCCAGACUGUAAAAUGGAUAACGAAAAAGUUAAUAUAUCAUUAACAAAAUUAGAGUGCAGAUCAUCAAAUACAGUGCUUACACAAUCUGCAGGGGAAAGAAUUAUCAAGUACACAUUUCAAAGGAAGCGGAAGAGACAGCCUUUAAGCGUCUCUGAGGUUAAUGUUUCUCUUGAAACGAACACUUUGGAGAAGGAAACGGGGAAUAAACAAAAUGAUCCUCUGGAGCUGGAGCUGCAAAAGUCUAGCUUGAUAACAGAAUCAUCUCGGGAAAGUCGACGAUUGGCGCAAGUUGCUCGUCAGCUCCUGUCUCUAUCUGACAAGAAGUGGCAGUUUUUGAAGGCAGUUAAAUCCCCCACACUGUAUGUGGAUGGAAAUGGGUAUUUUGUUCAUCCAGCCGUACUCUGGCUUCGCACAUUCCUUACUUCUUAA